UGACUUGCUAAUAGCCCUUACCAGUUCAGACAAGAGUACGUAGCCAGUAACGCGCCGGCUUUCCCGGUGAACGCGGAGACAACGUUAAGCAAGAUAAGGUCGCGCUAGGGACAAUGCUACAGAACGCGACUGCAAACGAGACGAAAGGCGAGCUGUGGUGGUCUAUAUAUGCUUGGUGGUCGUGCGUGCUCGUGUUAAAGAUGAUGUUGCUGACGUGUUACACUGGGCAGAUCCGAGUGAGAGAACAGGUAAUUCACAGCGAGGAGGAUAGGAUGUGGAUGACCAAAAAACCGGAAAUAAUUUUAUGUCCAACUGGCGAUGGCCAUCCUGACGUGAUUCGCAUACGGAGUGCUCACCGACACGACCUCGAAACUGUACUCCCUUUUAUAAUUUUUACGCCGCUGUGGUUGCAAGUCGAGACAUGCAAUUCUACGGUCAAGAUCUUAAUACCAGGCUUUGCACUAGUCAGUAUAUUGUAUACAUUGGUGCAUAUGCAGCUUUUGCGAAUGUCUGUUCUUUGGAAACUUUUCUUAAGUAUAACAUUGUAUUGUAUUCUGACUUACAUAUGCACAAUUGCUGCAGUAAAAUAUUCUAUUUCUAUUUUAAAUCUACUAAUCUAGUUAAGAGAACAAGAAUGAAUUAUAGACGUAUAGUAUUAUUUUACUAUAAACAGUUGGUAAGAGCUAAUUAUCUGAUUUAUUUACUCUGUAUUAUAUUUGUUCAGUUUGCUUUAAAAUAAAAAAAAUUUUUAACUAAUCAAAUUGCAAUUGCAAAGCAUGUAAUUAAUAUGAACUUUCGACGUGACAAUUUUCAAUUGUUAAUAAAGAUUUUGAAACUUUAA